UGCUCGCGGCUCUCACGAACAUGACUCAAGACUUUGCCCCAAAGUGCACGUAGCCAUUUUGGGUCGAGCCAUUUAGCUCAAGGAUUGUUACAAGGGGCUUCCGAGCCCUCCCGGUGUUCAGAGGCCUCGCCAGACAUUAGUUGCAAUGCCAGCCAACCACGUAAAAGUUCGCGUGGACCGUCUGACUGUCGUUGAUCUUGCCUUCGCAAUCCUUCCCGUCGUGCUGAAUCUAAUGUAUUUUGUAGGGAGCGUAUUCUUUCUUCCAGGCAUUCCCGAACAUCUCUAUAAGACCGGGGUGUGGCUCUACAUCAUCGCGAGCGUCGUGCUUAGCAUUCUGUCUUUCAAGGCAGUUUGUGACGUGCGUGACAAUGCUGAUGUUGAUAAGCUUGCCAAAGAUGAUGCUUCUUGACAGCUGUUUUGCGAGACGAUUAUGUACGCAAUAGCAGGCAGUUCUCUUCGCAGUUGGAACUUUCCUGUUCGUGCCUGCCUAUGCAGACGAGGCGAUGGCCUGGGAUUGGGCCACCGCCGCGGCCUGGAUGUUCAUCAUCGGAAGCUUCUGCUUUGUCGCAGCCGGCCUCUACAACGCUUUGAAUAUCCACCAUGAUCGUUCCAACGAUGGGAAGUACUUUUACGAGUUGACCCCAUACAACGUGUCCGUCGCAACGCUCUUCUGUGGAAUAUUUGGGACUGUGCUUUUUGUGGUUGGAUCGUUCUACUUCCGGCCUGGAGGUGUGAUACAAUGCGACGAUGGUAAGAUUGGCCGUUGGUGUCAUUGCUCUACGUUCACAGGGGCGUGGUGCUUCAUCAUUGGCAGCAUCCUUUUUGUGGCGCAGUCCGUUCUUGGCCUCUUGAGUGCCGUAAUCACCCACAGGAGCUUGAAUAUUGCUUUUGAUGAAAGUUCAGCGGACGAGGAUGCAGACUCGACUGUAACUUGUGAUCGCGAGUGACCAGCCCAGCUCUGCAGUCAGCUUGUGUCCAGAGGUGCGCCAGAUCUGAGGCGCUCCAAUGUGUGGCUGGGCCAGACGGACCAGCCAGACUAGCUGUCCAGGCCAACGAUAUGGACCGGCUAUCAUUUUUGACAUGGGCGUCUCAUUUUUGGUUUGGCGAUUGCAAACGGAGACGAGAAGUCUUUGAGUUUUCGUUGGCUGCUUCUCUAAAUGAAACACUUUCAGUGUUAAGCGUGCCGGUUAUCAAACCCAUUUGCAGUUGCGAGUUGCAGAGUGCAUGCGACGUGUUCCCAAACGAUGGGCACAUCCUAAUUCAUUUAUACGUGCAAGAAUUUGGAGGCAGAGUGUGUUUUGUGUUGCUUGUGAAGGGGAUGCUUCGGGGGUGGGC